AUGGAUCCACUGACUGAUGAGCUGAAUGCUACAUAUAUAACCUUUGGUGGGCACGUAGAGCUGCACAAAUAUAGGUUUCUCUAUUUUACGAUCAUGUUUAUUGUAUAUGUUCUAAUAAUCUGUAGUAACUCAACCAUCUUUAUUCUCAUCUGGGUUCAGAAAAGGCUCCAUAAGCCUAUGUACAUUUUUAUCGCAGCUUUGCUUUUCAAUUCACUUCUUUUCAGUACUGUCAUCUACCCAAAACUUUUGGUAGACUUUUUAUCUGAGAAGCAGAUCACAUCUUUAUCUUUAUGCAGUUUGCAGAGUUUUACCUAUUACUCUCUAUGUGGAGCUGAGUUCUUACUUCUGUCAGCCAUGGCUUAUGACAGGUACGUGUCAAUAUGUAAACCGCUACAGUAUGACAUUAUUAUGGGAAACAGAAAUGUGAUUAUUUUGCUGAUUUUAGCUUGGGUUUUACCUGCCUGCCAGCUUGUGCCCUCGCUUUUUAUCAGUAAGAGUUACAAAGUGUGUCAUUUAACUUUGAAUGGGAUUUUCUGUAAUAACGCAAUUUCCCAAGUUUUUUGUAUGGAUUCGAGAGCUUCAUAUGUUGUAUAUGGUGUGUUUAUUGUACUUAACACAAUAUUUCUACCCAUGCUUUUCAUAUUUUUUACUUACACCAAAAUACUGAUAAUAUCCUACAGAAGCUCUGUGAAUAUGAGGAAAAAAGCUGCAAAGACCUGUUCCCCUCACCUGCUGGUUCUGAUCAGCUUCUCUUGCUUGUGUUCAUAUGAUAUUGUUAUAGCCCGACUGAAAAUUGACCUAGACAAGACUGCACGUUUCAUAAUGACUUUACAGGUGGUUCUGUAUCACCCACUCUUCAAUCCAAUAAUAUAUGGAUUAAAGGUGGAACAAAUCCGUACACACCUCAGAAAGAUUUUUUCUCAUGAAAAACACAAAGUUAAUGUCUGUUGAAACAUUUCCUCUGUGCUUGAAAGGCAAGAUGUACAUUAAAUGUUUAAACCGUCUAAGAUUUGUCAUGUUUAACAUUGCUUUACACUUGCCAUGUAGUUUAAAACUUAAUACUUUUCUUUAGAUUAACCUUUCCGUAACUACAUUGAUUGUUGUGACUUUGUAGACAUAAUACUGGAUAAUAUAAAGAUAUA